GUUCUGUCAGUGUGAACUGUCAAACACCUGUCAACUUGACAAUUAGUCGUAAAAUGACUAAAGCAAUUAAUCUGUAAUCAAUCAACCACUUUCGGCUCGUUUUCACCGACUUUCCUCAAUAACAAUGUCAGUCAACCAAGAAAACCGCCCCGAACUCUACGAGGAAGUCAAACUCUAUCACAAUGCCCGUGAACGAGAGAAGUACGAUAAUUUGGCUGACUUAUUCGCGGUGAUAAAUACUCUUCAACAGUUAGAGAAGGCCUACAUUAGAGAUUGCGUCACCCCGAAAGAAUAUACGGGGGCUUGCAGCAAGUUGUUGGUGCAAUACAAAGCAGCCUUCAGACAGGUCAAAGGAAACGAUUUUCCCACAGUGGAUGCUUUCGUCCGUAAAUAUCGGUUGGACUGUCCAGCUGCACUAGAAAGAAUAAAAGAGGACAGACCAAUCACAAUCAAAGAUGAUAAGGGCAACACUAGCAAGUGUAUUGCAGACAUUGUCUCUUUGUUUAUUACCAUUAUGGAUAAGUUGAGAUUAAACAUAAAGGCCAUGGAUGACCUUCAUCCGGAAAUUAGAGAUCUGGUGGACACUAUGAACAGGCUGAGCAUCCUACCUUCGGAUUUUGAAGGCAAACAGAAAGUUACCGAAUGGCUUAACACUUUGAAUAACAUGCAGGCUUCAGAUGAGCUCUCAGAAUCGCAAAUCCGGCAACUGCUCUUCGAUCUGGAAAGUUCUUAUGCCGCUUUCAAUAAGCUUUUGCACAAUUCUUCUUAAUUUUUAUUGAAACAUGUAAAAAUAUUUUUUCUAUUAAAUAAGAAUUACGCUGGAA